AUGUUUGUUCUCUAUCAUUUCAUUCUGUUUGAGUCUCUCUUUAUUGCUCAGAAAUAUCCAGGAUCUUCGUCAUUCAUCAUUUUCACUUUCUGUAUCUCACGCUUCGUUGUUGUGUUUCGUCGUUCACUUGCCACGCUAUUUCCCCUUUGUGUUGGACAAGCUGGACCACCAAAACCAGAACCAGAAGCCAAAAGUCAGGCGGCCAACUACUCCUCGCCUCAUACUGUGCUCAUAAUCAUGGGAGGAGUGAGAGCGGUCGCCGCGUUGGCUUUUGCUGGGGUGCUUGGUCUGACAUUACUCGUUUUGGGAUGUGCUCUUCCUAUGUUCGGGAACUGGUCUCCAAUGUUUGUUAUUGCAUUCUAUAUAUUGUCGCCAGUGCCACUUAUGAUAGCUAGACGGUUCCAAGAAGAUAUGACAGGGACUAACGCGUGCGUUGAAUUGGCGUUAUUUAUCACAACAAUUAUAGUCGUAUCGGCUUUUGCUUUACCUACUGUUCUUGCACAUGCUGGAACUAUCAAAGUCACUGCGAUGAUGUUGGUGAACACCGGAUCUGUUGUGAUGUUUCUUACGAUUGUCGCCUAUUUCUACCUGCAUCGUGACGAAGACUCCGGCAGUUGGAGCCAAUCGCUGUUCUAAUCGUGUACGUAAUGUUGUGCCACAAUGUGAUGGAAAUUCUGAAAUUCCUGCGUACUAAUAUUGCCGGGUCAUCAGUGGUGUUAAUAUAUAUGGCAAAUGUUGUAAGCUUUGGUGCACUUCUCGGAUACUUCAAGUUGUUCAAUGGCGAAGAUAUGAAUGAAUUGUCCUUGUGGUAAUGGUCGCAAUAUUUUUAUUUUUGAUCAAUGAUUGGCUCCAUUAUUUUCG